ACAUAAGAUCUCACAAUUAUAAACAUCUCUCAUCCCCAUCAGCCCACUGAUUCACACACAUAAGAAAUUCUAUAAAUAUCUUCAAAAAUUUACUUAUAAUAAUUUCUUCUACCUGAUGAAUGUAACUCAACUGAAAUGAUUAUCUCCAUUUGAUUUCCGAUGAUUCACGUUUCUUCUACUUCUUCUUACUUGCACUUAACUUACUUUUUUGCAAAUGCAAUCCUCCCUGGUAACCUUAACUAUUGCCCCUCCACCUAGUGAGUUAUCGGCUCAACCAUUACUACCAUCGCAACUACAACACAAACAGUACAUACGACACACAACUUAUGCAUGCGACCGUGACGUGAGAACAUUCAAGGUUGUCGGCCAUAAAGGAGAAAAUAUGGCAUCAACGAACAACAACUUUUCCGGUAAAUUCCCAAUCUUCGCAAACGGAGAGGUCCUACCUUCACACCAAGGGAAAUUAUCUGGAAGUUCAGACUUACACCCAGAAUACCCUGCCGAUUUGGAUAAACAUGUUACUUACAAAUACUCUGUCGCACAAGGCCAACCCCCAUCGAAACCGAGCUCAAAUCAGAAUGGGAAUAAUUCCGGCUCACCAGUUUGGAACGGACAUACCACUAAUGCUCCAAAUUGGAAUCCCGCGCAACUGUUGAACCCUCGAAGCAUUAACCAAAUUCCGCAAGUUUCGCCCAACUUAUCACCACAUCCACAAACAAAAAUUGCACGGCCGGCACCUUCUCCUCAACCUGUAUUCCAGUUCAAUACCCCAGGUGGUUCAUAUACGCCGGCACCUCCCUCGAACCAGAAUUUCAACGGGAACCCAAACCCGAAUGGCCAUAAUGGCUUUGCAUCAUAUGCAACGCCGAAUGGGCAGACGCCGAGCAUGGGAAGCUUUGUGGAUCGCAUGCAUAACAUCACAGAUCGCGACAUGGUACCUCCAAAGCGCCGAAAGAUAGAAGGCUUGACGCGGGAAGGAAGCGGAGCACAGUUUAAAGGAAGUUCUAGCGGAGGUGCAUACGGACAAUAUGUUAAAGACAAGAGAAUAGAGAGUCAGGGAGAAAGUUGUGCCAAACAAGUGCUUGACUUGUCUAUGGUGGAUGAUGAUGAAGUUGUGGUUGUGGGGAAUGAGCAAGAUAGGGAAGUUUGCUAUGGACGUAUCGAAGGGUCUCAACUCAACGCUCAUCGCGUACCAACACCAAGACCCGGGUCCCAAUCACUUAUUGCUGAAAAUUGGCCGCAGAUAAAAAUUGUCUUGAGAAGGAAGGAUGGCGAUAAAACGAAUAAUAUACACGCUCUCGAUUGUACUCGCGAAAUCAUUGGCUGUGUUGAUGUGAACACUGCGAUUGGACUCACACCUCUCCUUGACUCCCCAAAAAUGGGCGUCAGAACCGCGGCACGUAUUCUGACGAGGAAAAGAAUGCUCGACGACCAACCAGCUGGUUCUCCGUGCUCUGUUCGUUAUAAUCUGGAUUUAAACAUUUACGGCCCGAAAAAGCACGCUCUUCAGAUUGGUAAAUUUCUCUCUCACAAGCAACUAUGGUUAAGAACUCCACUUUCUGUCGAAGCUGGUAUCCCAUUGCACAAUCCUCAUGCUUUAGAAAAACCUUCUAGAAAUGUACAGCCCACUUCUCAUGCAUAUCCGUCUUACGCAUCUCGUUCUCAAGCCCCUGUUCGAACAACGGAGGAAAUUCGAAAUGACGUUUUGGGAGUCUUUGACUCAUUGCCGAGGUCUGAGAGUUUGCCAGAGUUAGAACCAAGCCCUUUAAUUACUACAGAAUUACUCAAGCAUCAGAAACAAGGUCUUUACUUCAUGACAAAUAGAGAAAAGGAACGGAAUUAUGAGACGAAGGACAAAUGUGAUUUGUGGAAGCUUAGCCACGGAAAUAAUGGUCAGAAGAUAUACUACAAUGUCAUCACUGGUGAUCAGGAACGCAAAAGUCCACCCCAAGUUCUUGGUGGUAUUCUUGCCGAUAUGAUGGGACUGGGGAAGACUCUCAGUAUUCUUUCCCUGGUAGUCACGACUCUUGAUGAUUCAAAAGAAUGGGCGAAGCAAAGACCAACAAAUUCCGAUCGAAGAGAGCAGCCUAUCGCCAAAUCAGGUAAAGCUGCCUCCCAACCCAAGGUCGAACCCGCAACCCUCGCUUUGAAUUGCAAAACUACUCUUCUAGUUGCUCCAUUAAGUGUUAUAUCAAAUUGGGAAGAUCAGAUUAAAGCACAUGUCAAACCUGGUGCCUUAAAAUACUACAUCUAUCAUGGCGCUAAUCGCAUCAAGGAUGUCAAGAAAUUAUCAGAGUAUGAUGUGGUUAUCACUACCUAUGGUUCCGUGGCCAGUGAGUUCAACAACAGGAACAAGAAGAAAGAUGGUAAAUACCCUCUUGAGGAGAUGAAUUGGUUCCGAAUUGUACUUGAUGAAGCUCAUAUGAUUCGAGAACAAUCGACCCUACAGUUCAAGGCCAUUUGUAGGCUUUCCGCACAACGUCGAUGGGCAUGCACCGGUACACCAGUCCAGAAUCGACUGGAGGACUUGGGUGCUUUGAUGAAUUUCCUUCGCGUCAAGCCUUUUGAUGGGAGUGGGUUCGCUCAACAUAUUCUAUCUCCUUUCAAAAUCUGCGAUCCUGAAAUCAUUCCCAAACUUCGAUUGCUGGUUGACAGCAUUACUCUCCGUCGACUCAAAGAUAAAAUUGAUCUCCCGAAGCGUCAUGAUCAUAUUGUCAGGCUCAACUUCAGUGAUGAAGAGCGUAUGGUCUAUGAUAUUUUUGAAAAGAAUGCAACGGAUAGGCUUAAAGUGAUCACUAGUCAGGGAGAGAGUGCUUUGGGUGGAAAAACAUUCCACCACAUCCUUCAAUCAAUCUUGCGUCUUCGUCAAGUCUGUGCUCAUGGCAAGGAUUUAUUGAGUUCUGAGGACCUAAAGAUAAUGAAUGGUCUGAGCAAGGAUUCUGCUAUCGAUCUCGAUAGUGAAGAAUAUGAAGAUCAUGAUGGAAUGGCACCCAAGCAAGCGUAUGAUAUGUAUAAAUUAAUGAAGGAAACGGGUGCCGAUAGUUGCUUGACCUGUAGUCGAAAGAUUGGUCCUCAAGAUGUUGUUGAUUCUGAUGGUGAAUCUAAAGAUGAGGUCAUUGGUUACAUGACACCUUGUUUCCACAUUAUUUGUGGUUUAUGCAUUGGUGCCUACAGAUCUCAAUUGGAAGAAAUGGCUUUCGGUGGUGCUUUUGUUGCUUGUCCUACAUGUCAUCAACAAAUCUCUCCAUCUGUAUUUUCUCUCAAGCAAGAAGAAGUAGACAGAGAAGAGGAAUCACGAUUGAAGUCUAAAGAAUCAGCAAAAGCAGGCAAGGAUUUAUCAAGUUAUGGUGGACCUCAUACUAAAACAAUAGCUUUGAUUCACGAUCUUCUGGAAUCCAAAAAGGAAUCCGAGUUGAAUCCAAAUCAACCGCCAAUUAAAAGUGUUGUCUUUUCUGGUUGGACAAGUCACCUUGAUCUGAUUCAAUUCGCUUUACAAGAGAACAAUAUUCCUUACACUCGUCUCGAUGGUAAAAUGACCCGUAUCGCUCGCUCAAAUGCAAUGGAGAAUUUUCGUGAGGAUCCCUCGAUCAUUGUUAUCUUAGUAUCCAUCUCUGCUGGUGGUCUCGGUCUCAAUCUCACCACAGCGAAUAAGGUCUAUGUCAUGGAACCUCAAUUCAACCCAGCAGCGGAAGCACAAGCUAUUGAUCGAGUACAUAGAUUGGGUCAAAGGAGAGAAGUGCAAACAGUGCGGUUCAUUAUGAAUAACAGUUUCGAGGAAAAAAUGUUGAAAAUUCAAGAUAAGAAACAAAAGUUGGCGAGCUUGAGUAUGGAUUCUCAAAAAGGGAGGUUGGAUAAGAAGGAGGCAUCGAUUAGAAAGUUGGAAGAGUUAAAGGAUUUGUUUAGGAAGUGAGUUGCUGUAGAAUGAUGGUAUUUUCAGGAUGUUUAUGAGUUUAUGGUGUUAUUACCCUCGGGGGCGUCGCCGGAUGUUUAAAAUUUUAUGUGCGAGGGGAGUAAACGGUACAUCGGUAAACGGUGGGUGCAUUGCUUCCUAGCGGGUGGAGUCUGGGAUGAUGCCACUGGCAUGCAUUUAUUUGAUCUAUUGAUCAGACACUAGAUUCCCAUUUCAAGUUUCCUUGCUCCUUGAUCAUCAUCUAUAUUUCUUUGAUAAAAAGGCGUUGGGCAGCAGGCAGGCUUCACGGGAAAUCAAUGCAUCUCCUCUGGUUUCUUUUUGGCUCGAGCGGGAUUCUUUUUGGUGGCCUUCUUUUCUUCACUUUUAGAAUAUACUUAUUAGAAGAUUUUAUGGAGAAGGAAGGGUGGGGUCGGGGUCCGGCGAAGGUUGUGCUACAUUGUACUGUAUUUAGUACGUAUGCAAUGCAUCGGUAUGGAAAGGAAAAGGGAAGCCGGGUGUAAAGGUUGAGGAGUUGUGGAUAGAUGGAUGGAUGGAUGGAUGGAUGGAUAGAUAAGUAGAUGGAUU